AUAUCAAUGAAUGUACUCAAAUCAAUCCUCCAUGUUCAUGGAGCAACGGAGUAUGUAUGAAUACAAAUGGCGGUUUUUUUUGCUCAUGUAAAGUAGGAUGGACAUUGGGUCAAGAUAAUGCUAGCUGCGUCGAUGUAAAUGAAUGUGCAAGUAGCAAUCCUCCUUGUUCUUUAAUCAGCGGAGUAUGUAAUAACACAAAUGGUAGUUAUUUUUGUUCUUGUAACAAAGGAUGGAUGUUGUCUCAAGAUAAUGCUACGUGUGUUGAUGUAAAUGAGUGUAUUGAAAACGUUACAUCAUGUUCCAAUGGAGGUUGUAUAACAGUAGACGAGAAACUUCGAUGUCCAGUGUACUUAGUGGCAAGUAACUCAAUCCCGUUGACAAAGGGUGCUGUCAUUGCUAAUAUACCAAUACUAGAAAAAGAAUACAUAGUUUCGUUUGAUGUUUAUCUUGCGUCUUUUACUACUGACGUUCGUAUUGUUGUUUAUUUUACCAUUGGUUUAAAUCGUUCGAAUAAUGAUAUGAUUCCAGCUCUCUUACUUUAUCCAAAUGGAAAUAUGGCUAUCCCAGCUCCUGCUAAUGGAAAUUUUUUUACCUACCCAACUCCAAUUGCAUUAAAUACAUGGACAAAUGUUAGAAUAAGUCAAGUUCUGAUUGGUACACAAUAUGUAUAUACAAUCAGAAUAAUUAAUCAAGCUGUUUCUGUUGAAUUUAACAACCAAGCUCAAAGUUUUUAUAAUGUCACAGUAUAUGCUUCAGAUCCUUGGUAUGAAGCUCAGGAUGGUUUUUAUAAGAAACUUGUUCUUUAUCAAUGGAAGGGCUAG